AUGGUGCCCCCAGGGGUCCGACCAGGUGCAACGGCGCUUCCAGGGGCUCUGCUUAGGGGCAGCGGCGCCCCCAGGAGCCCUGCCAUGGGCAAUGGCUCCCCCGGGGCCAUCCCAGAGGCGGUGGCGCGAAAACGGGCCCGCCCAGGUUCAACGGCACUCCAAGGGGCUCUCCUUAGGGGCCCAUCCAGGGAUCUUCCCAUGGGAGGUGGUACCCUCAAGGGCCUGCCAGGCGUGGUAGCGCUCCCCAGGGCACGCCCAGGUGCAACGGGGCCCCCAGGGGCUCUCCUUAGGGGCAGCAGCGCCUCCAUGAGCUCGCCCAGAGGAUGCUGCGCCCCCUGGGGCCCUCUCAGGGGCUGUGGUGCUCCCAGGGGACCUGCCAGGGGCGGUGGCGGUCCCAGGGGCCUUCCCAGGGGCGGUGGUUCCUCCAGGGACGUCGGCACCUCAAUGGGCCCUGGCAGGGGCGGUGGCGCGAAAAUGGACCCGCCCAGGGGCCCUGCCAGGAGCGAUGUCGAUCCCAGGGGCCCUUUUAGGGGCGGUGGCGUCCCCAGAGGCCCCGCAAGUGGCCAUAGCCUCAAGAAGGGUCCUGCCAGGGGCAGUGGCACUAAGACAGGCCCUGUCAGGGGCGGUGGCGCCAAGAGGAUCCCUGCCAGGGGGGGUGGCCCCCCCAGAGGCCCGUUCAGGUGCAACAGUGCUUCAGGGACGAUGGUGUUCCCAGGAGCCCUGCUAGGGGCGGUGGCAUCCCAGGGGCCCUGCCAGGGACUGUGA